AUGGCAGCAGCAACGCUGGUUGUAAUUGUUGGGAUGUGGUGCUCUUCUCUACUCUGCGCCGACCAAAGAACUAUGCUUGGUCAUAGGAGGAUUUCUUUGUCCGGUUCUGAGCUGAAGUGGAGUGCUUCUCAGGGUCCUUUUACUGUUGUUUAUGUGUUCCUCCUACGUAUUCUCUCAUGGUUUCUACUUUGGUAUGACUUGUAG